AUGCCGAAAAGAAAGGCCGCCGAGGUCCCCGAGCAGGACUUGCGACGCUCAACACGUCGCAGGUCGGCCGUUGUCCCCGAGCCGACCGCGACCAAGCGCGCCGCGGCGGAACCAGAGGAGAAGAAGCCCGCGAAGUCGCGGAAGGUAGCUACGGCCGAUGGGUCGAAGAGCAAGGUGACAGCACCCAAGGCAAAGGCAACGGCAAAGGCAAAGAAGGAGACAACAUCCACAGAUAAGCCUGCCGAAAAGCCCAGCGCCUCCGCGAAGCCGGACACCAACGGGGGUGAUGCCAGCUCUGGAAAGUCAUACUGGCUGCUGAAGGCCGAACCGGAAACGCGGCUUGAGAACGGCGUCGACGUGAGGUUCUCCAUUGACGACUUGGCGGCAAAGACACAGCCAGAGCCAUGGGACGGUAUCCGGAACUAUGUAGCCCGCAACAACCUCCGCGCCAUGAAGAAGGGGGAUCUCGCCUUCUUCUACCACUCCAACUGCAAGGAACCCGGAAUCGUGGGCACGAUGGAGAUAGUACAGGAACACUCGCCUGAUCUCUCGGCACAUGAUCCCAAAGCCCCGUACUAUGAUGCGUCUUCGAAGCCUGCAGAUCCCAAGUGGAGUGUGGUGCACGUUGAGUUCCGCAGCAAAUUUGCGGAGAAGAUAGGUCUGAAGGACCUGCGGGAGAUGGGCAAGAUGGGUGCACCCCUGGAGAAUAUGCAGUUGUUGAAGCAGAGCCGCUUGAGCGUAAGUCGGGUCAGCCCCGCAGAGUGGGAGCAUCUCAUGGGCGUCGCUCGGGAGAAUGGUGGCAUAAGCAAGGAGGCGUAG